ACAAGAUAGGAUUUUCCUCUCUUCGAGGAAAGUCUCACUAAACACGCCUUUUUUUCCCAUCACACAUCUAUUUCUUAAUUAUCUCUUUAAUUCAACCCUUCUUCCUCCUCCGCUAUAUAUACUCUCUUCCAUGAAUCCAACUUCUUCGUCCCUCCCUGCAGCCUCCGCCACCUUCAAGUCUUCAACCCUGAUUUUAUCAUCUGGGUUCCUCCUUCCUCUUCACCUUUCUUCCAAAUCUCUUUCCUUUUUCAUCUAGAUUUUAUCUGCUCUGGAAAUGGUUCUGCUUUAGAUUUUGAUUAAUUUUAACCAAAUUCUUUUCAACUGAAUUAACCCAUUUAUUGUAAUUUUUUUUGGGGUUCCCAUUUUCAAGAAAUGGCCAUUCCUUAUCCUCAUUUCAAUUUUCGUGCCUCUGAAUCCGUGGAGACAGGCUUGUCCCCUCUGUCUCCGUCCCCAGUAAUACUAACCCAAGAUGAACUCAAGAAAAUCGCUGCCUACAAAGCCGUCGAGUAUGUUGAAUCCGGCAUGGUUAUUGGCCUCGGCACUGGCUCCACCGCUAAGCAUGCUGUGGACCGAAUUGGUGAGCUUUUGCGUCAAGGCAAGCUCAAGAACAUUAUCGGCAUACCCACCUCAAAAAAGACCCACGAACAAGCUCUUUCUUUGGGAAUCCCUUUGUCAGACCUUGACUCCUAUCCAAAUAUCGAUCUUGCAAUUGAUGGGGCCGACGAGGUUGAUCCCCAUCUCAAUUUAGUGAAAGGCCGAGGUGGGUCCUUGUUGAGAGAGAAAAUGAUAGAGGGUGCUUGCAAGAAGUUCGUUGUAAUUGUCGAUGAGACUAAAAUGGUGAAAUAUAUUGGGGGUAGUGGGUUAGCUAUGCCUGUUGAAAUUGUGCCAUUUUGUUGGAAAUUCACUGCCAAGAGGUUGCAGGAGUUGUUUGGAUACGCAGGUUGUGUGGCCAAGCUGAGGACCAAGGGUUCUAAUGGCAAGGAGAGUGGUGGGGAGCCUUUUGUUACUGAUAAUGGGAAUUAUAUUGUGGAUUUGUACUUCAAGAGAGAUAUGGGGGACUUGAAAGCUGCGAGUGAUGCAAUUCUGAGGCUAGCAGGUGUUGUUGAGCAUGGCAUGUUUCUUGAUAUGGCAACUACAGUCAUUGUUGCAGGGGAACUUGGGGUCACUAUCAAGAAUAAGCAUACGUAGUUCUUGGAAUGGAAAUGAGGUAGUUUCGUUGGAUUGAAAUAUUUAGGCAUUAGUUUAACAUUUCUAAUGAUUUCUGAUUAAAAAUUGGGGAAAUUAAUGGUGAUCAUAUUUUAAGAGGGAAGGGAAUAUUUUAGUUUCCUAGCAAAAUUAUUUAUGAGGAGACUCCUCAAAUUUUGGUAUUAUGUAUCGAGGUGAAAGUCUGAAUUUACUAGAGAAAGUCAGUUUUGGCUUUCGUGGCUGGUUAGUGUCAUAUUUAUGUCAGCUGCAGCUGGUUGACAAUUUAUUCAAUAUAAACUUGCUUCAUUGUUACUUAA